AUGGUUGUGCAGGACCACAGCCCGGCCGCACUGAACUGUGUGUCGGAACCUCUGGGAGAAAGACUUCUGGCUUUUCAGGCCCCAUCCCCAUUGGGAGGUGUGGUCAUGCCAACUCCAGAAAGCUUUGAUGUAGAUGGUGGAAUUGACCGGGACAUAUUUGAUAUUAAUGAAGAUUUGGGGCUGGAUCUUUUUGAGGGGGACAUCAAACUUGAUGGGGCACAAGAGAGAAAUUCCAUAAUUGGGGAAAAAUAUAGAUGGCCUCACACCAUUCCCUAUGUACUGGAAGACAGCCUGGAAAUGAAUGCGAAGGGAGCCAUCCUCAAUGCGUUUGAACGCUAUCGCCUAAAAACAUGCAUUGACUUCAAGCCUUGGGCUGGAGAAGCUAACUAUAUCGCCGUGUUUAAGGGCAGCGGCUGCUGGUCUUCCGUUGGAAAUAGGCGUGUUGGGAGGCAAGAACUUUCCAUUGGGGCCAAUUGUGACCGGAUAGCCACGAUUCAACAUGAGUUCCUCCAUGCCCUGGGAUUCUGGCAUGAGCAAUCGCGUUCUGAUCGGGAUGACUACGUCAAUAUCAUUUGGGACAGAAUCCAGUCAGGCAAAGAACACAAUUUUAACACCUAUAAUGAUCGAGAGUCAGACUCUUUGAAUGUGCCCUAUGAUUACACUUCGGUCAUGCACUACAGCAAAACUGCAUUUCAAAAUGGGACAGAGCCAACCAUAGUCACGAGGAUCCCCGACUUCAUGGAUGUGAUCGGCCAGCGAAUGGAUUUCAGCGACUCUGAUCUGCUGAAGUUGAACCGACUGUAUAACUGCUCCUCUUCUUUCAGCUUCAUGGACUCGUGCGAUUUUGAACUGGAAAAUGUGUGUGGCAUGAUCCAAAGUUCAGGAGAUAAUGCUGACUGGCAGCGUGUUUCCCAGGUUCCUGGAGGGCCACAGAAUGAUCACUCCAACAUGGGCCAGUGCAAAGAUUCUGGUUUCUUCAUGCAUUUUGACAGUAGCUCCGUGAACGUGGGAGCCACAGCACAAUUAGAAAGUCGAACGCUGUACCCGAAGCGAGGAUUUCAGUGCUUGCAAUUUUAUUUGUAUAACAGCGGAAGUCAAAAUGACCAGUUGGCCCUCUACGUCCGGGAGUAUUCUGCAGGCCAUGUGAAUGGCACUUUAGCCCUUGUGAAAGAAAUAAGAGAGAUCCCCACUGGGAGCUGGCAACUUUACCACGUAACAUUGAACGUGACCAACAAGUUCAGAGUGGUAUUUGGAGGAAUCAGAGGCUCUGGUUCAUCAUCGGGUGGCCUGUCGAUCGAUGACAUCAAUCUUUCAGAAACACGGUGCCCUCAUCAUAUCUGGCACAUAAAGAAUUUCACACAGCUCAUCGACAAGCCAAAUGGAAGCGUCUAUAGCCCUCCAUUUUAUUCUCCUAAAGGCUAUGCCUUUCAGGUUCAAUUGAACCUGAACCAUUUGACUAACGUAGGGAUCUAUUUCCACUUGAUCUCUGGGGCCAAUGAUGAUCAAUUGCAGUGGCCCUGCCCUUGGCAACAAGCCACGAUGACACUCUUGGAUCAAAAUCCUGACAUUCGGCAGCGUAUGUCCAACCAGCGGAGUGUAACUACAGACCCAUUUAUGACCACGGAUAAUGGAAACUAUUUUUGGGACAGGCCUUCCAAAGUAGGAGAAGUGGCUAAUUUCCCUAAUGGAACUCAGUUCAGAAGAAGUCGGGGCUAUGGGACCAGCGCCUUUAUAACCUACCAGAGACUGAGAAGCAGAGACUUUAUAAAAGGAAAUGAUGUUUACCUCCUUCUGACCAUGGAAGAUAUCUCCCAUCUCAAUUCUACACAAACGGAGCCCAUCCCACCCCCCGCCAUCAAGGACGCCUGCACAGACUUCACCUGCGAGAACGACGGCAUCUGCACCCUCCACAACGACCAAGCCCAGUGCAGGUGUCCGUCGGGGCCAGACUGGUGGUACAUGGGGGAAAGGUGCGAGACGCGAGGCUCAACGCGAGACACCAUCAUCAUCGCCACUUCUUCCACUGUCGCUGUGUUUGCCCUGAUGCUGAUAGUCACCCUCGUCAGUGUCUACUGCACCAAGAAGAAGUAUCGUGAAAAGCUAAGUUCAAACACAGCAGCCGUGAAUCUGGAAAAUCAACAUGCUUUUUGAAGAGUAACUCAAGACGGCCAGCAAGCAAAAUUGAAAAGGACCCCACAUCAUGGAUUUCAC